AUGCCGCGAUUUUCUGGAAAGGUUGCACUUGUUACAGGCUCCUCAAAUGGAAUUGGCCGCGCUACAGCUAUACUUCUCGCCCGAGAGGGAGCUAAAGUAACUAUCACGGGAAGAAAUGCUCAGAGACUUGAAGAAACUAAACAGGAAAUUCUACGCUCCGGAGUUCCAGAAGAUCACGUGCUUUCUAUUAUUGCCGAUUUGGCUACUGAAUCUGGACAAAUUGAGCUGAUGAAUUCGACUGUUGACAUUUUUGGACGUCUUGAUAUUCUGGUGAACAAUGCUGGCGCAGCAAUAACUGAUUUGGAAGGUCAUAUCGGCGUGGGUACAAACGUUUCCGUUUUUGACAAAACAAUGAGAAUAAAUUUGAGAAGUGUGGUGACUUUAACUCAAAAAGCAAAGGAGCAUUUGAUAAAAACUAAAGGAGAAAUUGUGAAUGUAUCCAGUAUUGCCGGUGGGCAACAUGCGCAACCCGAGCUCAUCUAUUAUGCUAUGUCAAAAUCGGCUCUGGAUCAAUAUACCAGAAGUGCUGCAAUUGACCUUAUUCAACACGGAGUGCGCGUCAACUCGGUGAGCCCUGGUGAUAUUCGUACUGGAAUCUACGAAACUAUGGGAAUGAAUAAGGAGUCGGUGGAAAACAUCUACAAAUUUAUGGAGUCCCGAAAAGAAUGUUGUCCAAUUGGAACUAUUGCUCAACCUGUAGAUGUUGCUAAUAUUAUUGUAUUUUUGGCGGAUCGAAAGCUUUCUUCUUACAUCAUUGGGCAAUCUAUUGUAGCUGAUGGGGGCUCAUCUUUGGUGAUGGAAGUGCAAGCUCAUGAUUGGAUGGAGCUGUUGAAGCAUUGA